AUGUGGGUGAUAGAUUUGUAAAAGGUGUCUUCGCCGGAGGUCAAAAUCCCCAAAUUGGAGCAGGAAAAAUGGCGGUGCGACAGAAGGCGGUGGCGACGCUGCCAACGCUGAUGAGAGCAUUAAGGAAGGAAUCUCCGUCACUUCCCCAGAGACUUCCUUCAUUGAGACGAGCUUUCUCUCUAUACGAUCAAAUCAAUCUCAUCGACAACGUCCCUGAAGAUCAAUUGCGAUUUCAAGGGUAUACUGAUUCUGGAUUCACUGUUAAUGGAGUACAAUAUGAAGGCAGUUUGCUCUGUGUAGGUAACUUGAUGUUGUCUUGGAGUCCAAAGAAAAUGUCUGAUAUAACUACAAACAGCCUAUCCAUCUUCCAAGUAGUGAGACCCAUACCUGAAAUUUUGAUAAUUGGCACUGGAAGAUAUAUCCAGCCUGUAGAUCCUGAGAUACGAAAGUUCAUUCGAUCUACAGGCAUGAAGUUAGAGGCUGUUGACUCUAGGAAUGCUUCAUCUACAUAUAACAUACUAAAUGAGGAAGGAAGGAUUGUAGCUGCUGCACUUCUUCCAUAUGGAGUUUCUGAUUAGUAACCAACUUCUGAGUUGCCAUUUUUGUUUUAUUGUUGCAUAAGAGUCUAUAACAUUUCCAUGAAAAAAUAUCAAAGUAUGUUGUGUUGUGGUGUUUUAUGAACAUUGUAGCUUUUAUUAUUUUGAGAUGAUGAAAAUAAUUGACAAUGAUCAAACAUUCAUUUUGUUUAAGAAAA